UUAAAAAGAUAACGGGGAUCACAAUAGGGAGUGUCAUUGGAGGCAUAUCCUUGCUGUGCUUAUUCCUUCGUGUGAUCUACGCCCUACGUUUUAGAAAGUCGCCAGAUGUUGGAGCUUUUGACCGUCAAAAUUGCUGUAUUCCAUGUCGGAGGCGGUCCUGUGGGAACAGUGCGCAGGGUGUCGAAGCCUUUCUCCGUCAAUGUGGAAUCCUCGCCCCCAAGCGGUACAGGUACUCGGAAAUCAAGAGGAUGACCAAAUCCUUCGAUGACAAGCUUGGCCAAGGUGGCUUCGGUUCUGUGUUCAAGGGCGCCCUCCAAGACGGCCGUUUGGUCGCCGUGAAGGUACUGAAAGCAACCAAAGGCCAUGGAGGAGAAGAAUUCAUCAACGAGGUCGCUAGCAUCAGCCGCACAUCCCACGUCAACAUCGUCGGCCUCCUCGGCUUCUGCUUGGAGGGAUCAAAGAGAGCUCUCGUCUACGAUUUCAUGCCCAAUGGAUCGCUGGAGAAGUUCAUCUGCUCCGACAAAUCGACGGAGGAACCACGGUUCGGUUGCGAGAAGCUGUUCGAGAUCGCACUCGGCGUCGCUCGAGGGUUGGAGUACCUGCACGGCGGCUGUAGUACUCGCAUCGUUCACUUCGAUAUCAAGCCGCACAACAUCCUUCUCGACCAAGACUUUUGCCCCAAGAUCUCCGAUUUCGGACUGGCUAAGUUGUGCCCACCGAAGGUGAGCGUGAUUUCCAUGGCGGAUGCGAGAGGAACGGUUGGGUAUAUCGCCCCAGAAGUGUUCUCCAGGGGAUUCGGCGUCGUCUCCAGUAAGUCCGAUGUCUAUAGUUACGGGAUGCUGCUGCUGGAGAUGGCUGGAGGAAGGAGAAGCAUCGGUGCAACCGAUGAGAACACCAGUGAAGUCUAUUUCCCACACUGUCUCUAUGAUGAUCUUGAUCGAUACUGCAAUGUAGGCGCUGCCGGUGUGACCACAGAGACCAGAGAGGUCGCGAGAAAGAUGAUGAUAGUUGGGUUAUGGUGCAUACAGAUGAUGCCUGAGAACCGCCCUUCCAUGAGCGAGGUGGUGGAGAUGUUGAAGGGGAGCGCUACAGACUUGCGAAUGCCACCAAGGCCAUGA